ACUUGACAUCGCUGAUGAACCCUGAAAAAUGAAGCAGCGGUGAAGAGGAAGAAGAAAAGGAACUUGCUUGCUAGCUAUCUACUUUAGCAGUCUUCUGGCUUUAGCGUUUUGAUAAUGGCGCCUUUAGACCUUGAUAAGUACGUUGAAAUAGCAAGACACUGCAAAUACCUGCCGGAAAAUGAUCUAAAGAGAUUAUGUGAUUAUGUUUGCGAUUUACUGCUAGAAGAAUCAAAUGUUCAGCCGGUCUCAACUCCAGUUACUGUUUGUGGAGAUAUUCAUGGUCAGUUUUAUGAUCUUUGUGAGCUCUUCAGAACUGGAGGCCAAGUUCCAGACACAAAUUACAUUUUCAUGGGAGACUUUGUAGACAGAGGAUAUUAUAGCUUGGAGACAUUUACACACCUGCUAGCUUUAAAGGCAAAGUGGCCGGACCGUAUCACUCUUCUCCGUGGAAACCAUGAAAGCAGACAAAUAACACAAGUGUACGGCUUCUAUGAUGAGUGCCAAACAAAAUAUGGAAAUGCAAAUGCCUGGCGGUAUUGCACAAAAGUGUUUGACAUGCUGACUGUGGCAGCUUUGAUAGAUGAGCAGGUCCUGUGUGUCCAUGGUGGUCUUUCACCUGACAUCAAGACUCUGGACCAGAUCCGCACCAUCGAACGCAACCAGGAGAUUCCCCACAAGGGGGCCUUCUGUGAUCUCGUGUGGUCUGAUCCAGAGGACGUGGACACCUGGGCCAUCAGUCCACGAGGUGCAGGCUGGCUGUUUGGCUCCAAGGUCACCAAUGAGUUUGUUCACAUCAACAACUUGAAGCUCAUCUGCCGCGCCCACCAGCUUGUACAUGAAGGCUACAAGUUCAUGUUUGACGAGAAGCUGGUGACCGUGUGGUCAGCGCCCAACUACUGCUACCGCUGCGGAAACAUUGCGUCCAUCAUGGUCUUCAAGGACGUCAACAGGCGAGAGCCCAAGCUGUUUCGCGCUGUUCCCGACUCUGAGCGCGUCAUACCUCCCCGGACGACCACCCCCUACUUCCUCUAAUGACAAGAGCCAGUUCUGUCUUCUCUCCACCUGCCGGAGAUCUCAACUCUGAAAUGUAUUUAUAUGCAACAUAUUUUAAGAAGUCUGUGGGAGUAACGUCCCUUUCAGGUCCACAGCAUCUUGAGUAGCAUGGGGCUCUCCCGAGGCUACACUGUGUUUGCACCACACUCAUUUUGUUCGGUCGUAAAGGAAAAAACCUUGUCCGCCGCCCCGACCCCCAGUGAGAAAAUGAUACUUUCUUCAUUUAUUGAUAAGGAAAUGUUAAAUUGAAUUAAUUUACUUAAUUUUGAUGUUAUGUAUCCAUCUGAAGCAAAUAAAACCUUUUAAACUGAGUGGUAGCUGCCAAUAAUACACAUUCAAAUGAAAUGAUAUAUAUUUUUCUUUAAGUAUUGUAGCAGUUUGAUCUCAUGGUUGCCUUUUGAAAGACUAGUUUUCUCCUCUUAGGGUGAUCAUUUCUGGAAAUAAGACAUAAACUGUUGUAAUAAUUGCUCCUGUCUGAACACCCACAAGACCCACUGUAUGUUUAAACAGCUGAGCCCAUCCUACAGCGCUCUGCCUUAAUUGCAAGGUUUUCUUUUUAAGCGUCACUUUUAGAUUUUCUUAAUUUAUUGUUUUUAAAAAGUGUGCUGUGUCACUGCAGACACUGUUUAUGACAAACACCCACAAGUGUCUGUCUUAAAAUUGGCAUUUACUUUUACAUUGUCUCAUCACUGUGUCUGACUUGUUUUGAUAGUGUGAUGAAUUGUUGCUGCAACAGUGACUCUUAAAAGCAAUCAUUUAAAUUUUAAAAUAAAUUUUCCACUGCAAGUGCAUUUUCUUGAAUAGCUCAGCUCUGUAGUUGUAUUUGUAGAAGAGAAUGGUUCUAUUUGAUGUUAUUCCCCUGUUUUGUAAUUUCAAUAAAACAUUAGUCAUUAA